AUGAUGUCCGAAAAGAAAUGGAACUCAAUCUUCGUCGGAAUAGUGGUUCUGGGUGUGUUGCUUCUCAGCAAUCCGGCACGCGCUGAUUUCUACUUCGUCGGAGACGAGGCGGGCUGGAAGUUCAACGUCGCCGGCUGGGAAAACGGCAAGACCUUUAAGGAACUCGACACUCUAAUUUUCAAGUACAAACCAGGUAGCCACAAUGUAGUUCUUGUGGACAAGGCGAGCUACGAUUCUUGCACAGUUCCACCAAAUGCGACAACUUAUAGCUCAGGCAACGACGAAAUAACUAUCGGUUCAGGCCCUAACUAUUUCAUUUGUGGCUUCCCUCGACACUGCGGAUUUGGGAUGAAGAUUGUUGCUAAUGCUUCUUAA